AUGGCCCUCCUGGCUCGCACCCUGGCACUGCUGGCAAUGACCGUGUCCACUGUGGCCAUCAAGGUGGUGCCCCUGGACAUGGCAUGGGAUUCCUUCGAUGACCAGUACCAGGGCUGUGGCCCUGCCAUGAAUGCAAAGUUGCCAUCCCUCUACAACUCUGAGUACCAGAAAAAUCCUCAUUUUGCCAGGGGCUGGUAUCAUGCUGAUGCUGAGUGGCGCAAGCGGGGCUCUCCUGUGUCCCCUCUGGCGUCCCAUUGGCAGGUCAUUGCUCUCAUGACCUACACCUCGCAGCACGUGUACAGGGACUUCAACGUGGCCGUGCGCACGGCUGGGCGCUCCCGCCAGGAAUACCGGAACAACUUCCACUUCAAAACACUGCAUUUCCUUCUGACCCAGGCCCUGGUGACACUGAGGCACGCUCAGAACGCAAAGUGUCACCGUGUGUUCCGGGGCGUGCGUGGCGUUCAUUUUCAGGCACGGCGUGGCCAGAGGGUCCGGUUUGGUCAAUUCACAUCGACGUCGCCGCGUAAAGAGAUUGCUCUGCGAUUUGGGGCAGACACAAUUUUCGAGGUGCACACGUGCCAUGGUGUGGACAUCCGGCAGUUUUCUAUGUAUCCAACGGAAGAAGAAGUGUUGAUCCCACCCUUCGAGACCUUCAAGGUCAGCAAAGUCACCCGGGAUGGGAAGAGGACAUGGAUCAGUCUCCGAUCUGCUGGGACCUUCAGCAAAUACAACUGUGCAUGGCACUGA